AUGAACUACAACGGUAUUAAGAAGCCAACCAUGGAGAAUGGGGGCUACCGCCACAACCACACAUUUGUUUUCUGCAGAUGUGGCGCUAACGUGUCGUCUUGUGGUUUUUUUUUUUCAGGAGGGUUCUCGGUGGUGUUUCUGGCUCGUACGCACAGCGGCGUCCGCUGCGCUCUAAAGAGGAUGUACGUGAACAACGUCCCCGACCUGAACGUCUACAAGAGGGAGAUCACCAUCAUGAAGGAGCUCUCGGGUCAUAAGAACAUCGUGGGUUACCUGGACUCCACCAUCAGCCCCGUGUCGGACACCGUGUGGGAGGUGCUGAUCCUCAUGGAGUACUGUAAAGCGGGUCAGGUGGUGAAACAGAUGAACCAGCGUCUGAACGUGGGCUUCAGCGAGGCCGAGGUCCUCCACAUGUUCUGUGACACCUGUGAGGCGGUCGCUCGUCUGCAUCAGUGCAAGACGCCCAUCAUCCACAGAGACCUCAAGGUUGAAAACAUCCUGUUGAACGAUCAGGGAAAUUACGUGCUUUGUGACUUCGGCAGUGCGACGCAUAAAGUUUUACAGCCUCAGAAAGACGGAGUGAGCGCCGUGGAGGACGAGAUCAAGAAGUACACAACACUCUCCUAUCGCUCACCUGAGAUGAUUAACCUGUACGCAGGUAAAGCCAUCACCACCAAGGCUGAUAUCUGGGCUCUGGGCUGCUUGUUGUACAAGCUGUGUUUCUUCACGCUUCCUUUUGGGGAGAGUCAAGUCGCCAUUUGUGACGGGACGUUUAUCGUCCCGGAUAACUCCAAGUUCUCCUUCAAGCUGCACUGUUUGAUCCGAUACAUGCUCGAGCCAGACCAGGAGAAGAGACCAGACAUCUACCAGGUGUCCCACUUUGCCUUCAGAUUAGCAGGAAAAGACUGUCCAGUGCCAAACCUGUUUAACUCUCCAAUCCCGACGUCUCUCCCUGAACCGCUAACAGCGAGCGAGGUCGCCGCUAAGAAGAGUAUGACAAAAGCCAGGAUCACAGAGGCUGUUGGUCCCACAGAAACAUCGAUCGCUCCCAGACAGAGACCCAAAGCAGCCAAUAGUAACGUCUUACCACUCGCCAACACCGUCACACCUGUGAAGAUGGGCGGGCCUUCAGCGCCCGUCAGUAAUGGACAGAAAGCUCACACACCUGGCUCGGGGCAGCCGUCCGUGCAGCAGCAGCAGCAGCAGCAGCAGCAGCAGCAGCCCAGCAGUCAGCAGCACCGCGUCCUGCAGCAGCUGCAGCCUGGUGACCUCCGUCUGCAGCAACUACAGCAGCAUCAUCAUCAUCAACAAGCACUGCAACAACAACAACAACAACAACAACAAGCAACCGCUCCACUCCAAUACCUCCAGUACCAGCAGGCUGUGCAGCAGUCUCUGCAGCUCCAGCAGCAGCAGCAGCAGCAGCAGCAGGCGGCUCUCCUCCAGCAGCAGCAGCACAUGAUGAUGGCGCCCGUCUACCAGCAGCAGGUGGCUCAGGCUCAGGCUCAAGCUCAGUACGCUGCCAUGCUGCACCAGUACCAACAGGCUUUUGUGCAACAUCAACAACAACAACAUCAACAACAACAUCAUCAUCAACAACAUCCUCCUCCUCCUCCUGCGGCUCAGCAGACGCUCCCCUACAUGUCCUCCCCCCUCGAGUUUCAGAUCCCGCUGGGCUCCUUUAGCUCCACCACGCCCUCUACUGGACCUGGUGCAGAUCGGGGGCCGUCACCUGUGGAUCCAUCAUACACUAACUCCAGUAGGAACUCCCUGCUGGCCUCAGACGGGGUCUCCCCCCCCUCUCAGAGCUGCGGCGCGCUCAGUAACCCCCCCGACAUGUCGCACUGGAACCCGUUUGGAGAGGACAACUUCUCCAAGCUGACCGAGGAGGAACUGAUCGACCGCGAGUUUGACCUGCUCAGAGCAAACAAACCUGUGGAGCGAGCAGCCAGUGUGGAAACGGACCGCCCCCUGCAGACUAAGCCCCUCCCCCCUGAGGACCUGUUCGGCUCGGCCCCGUUUGUGGCGAGCACAGAUCCUGAAGUGAUGAAGAACGAGCCGACCAAUGAGGACGUCGGCGUUCCUGCUCCUGAAUCAAACCCUGCAGACGCUAAAGAGCCGCGAUCGGGAAAGAAGAGCCGAGUGGGAGACGAGUCUGACAGCGACUUUGAAUCCGACCCUCCUUCUCCUAAGAGCAGCGAGGACGAGGAGCAGGAGGAGGACGAAGGCCUGAACAGCGAGCACGGUGAGGACACAGAGCCGGAGAUUUCAGGACAGCGCCCCCUGCUGAUGGACUCUGAAGAGGAGGAAGACGAAGACAAGCCCAGCUCAGAGUCAGACUGCGAGCGCGGCCGGGCCAAGACUCGCUCAAAGAAAGCCGCCGCAGCAGGUAAAGCGGCCACCAGGGGGAGCCCUCAGGAGUCAGGGAUGAUCACUCCUCCUCAGUCGCCCAGCAGGGGGCGAGCUGCUCCUGCUCAGGGGGCUGCUGUGGAUGUGUUUGGUGCGGUUCCCUUUGUGGGAGGAGCUUCACCCGAGAGACCCGCGGAGAACUUGGACAUCUUUUCCAAAGCCCCGUUCAGACAGGUGAGUCUGGAGCGGCGAGCUGCGGACGAGUUCGACGUUUUCACGAAAGCUCCGUUCACCAGAAAUCGGAGUGGAGGAGACAUCACCAUGGGACAGACUCCGCCCAUUUCUCCUGAAAGCAUCGACAUCUUUGGCUUCUCUCCCUUUCAUCCCGGCCCGACAGACGCCCCGCCCACCACGUCCAGAAGCGCCGAAGACAUUUUCCGGCCGUCCCACGACGAGUCCUCGAGUCCUCAGCAGCAGAGGCUGAAGCAGCGCAGCCUCCAGAAGCUCUCGUCGCGUCAGAGGAAAACCAAACAGGAGCCGGCGGCGGGUGGCAGCAACGGGAAACGCCACCACAGCACGCCGACCGGAGGACGCAAGAGCAACAAGGCCACGUACCGCACGCCAGAGCGGGUCCGCAGAAACAAGAAGGUCGGACGCAAAGACUCGCAGAGCAGCAACGAGUUCCUGAGCACGUCUGACUCGAAGGAGAACAUCGGCGUGGAUAUCACCAUGGACCAAGGAGCCGCCCUGCAGGUCGACGACCCUCUGCUCGACCCGUUUGGAGCCAAACCGUUCCACCCGCAGGACGCCGGCCGCUACCAAGGAAUCCCAGAGACCCGGAGCGACGACGCCAAAAACAAGUCCUGGAGUGGGUCUUUUCAUUCCACCUUGGAGGAGGGUAAAGCGAUGGAUGAUUUCGGGGCGGUGCCCUUCACAGAGAUGGUCGACGGCGGUGGACCUCAGCAGGCUCCGCCCACACAGCCAGUGGAUCUCGACCCGUUUGGAGCGGCUCCGUUUCCCUCCAAACAGUAACUCUAAUAGAAUCUUCCAGUGACGGGGUAACCUGAAGGAAACGUCGUCAGCCAAUCAUGAGAGGACGAGCUAACAGCCUAACUCUUAACACGCCGCUCGGCGACUAAACGGUGACUUCCUGUAAUCGCGACCACAUAUCUGUCUGCUGAACGCCUUUUAAUGCUGCAUCAUGAAGACGUCUGAACAUCCGACGUUCGAGCGCUUCUCUCCUUAAAGCUGCCUUCUGUUUUUUAGCACCAUGAAGCCUUACCUGAGCUGGGCCCCGCCCCUCUCUGCACAGCACCUCGUCGUCAUGGCGUCGGAGGAGUCGUUAACCACUUUGUCCUUUUAGACGUUCUCUAUGCAGACGGCCGUCUCCACACUGCCCCCGUGUGGCGGGUUUUUGUUUUGACUCUUUGAAUAGAAAGGGAUGGAUUUAAUCUGCUCUUUUAAAUUUUAGGCUUUAACUGUUUCCUGUUUUCUAACUGUUCACUUUCUUUUUUAUUAAUAACUCGACACAUUCUGUUCUGAGAAGAAAUAAAACGUCACAUCAGA